GGCUGCAGCAGGGUGGAUGACAUCAUCGGCUAGGGAACAGUGGAGCAGCCAGUGAAGCAUCCAGCCUGCCAAACAAGCUUGCUUUUAGGGUCAGGAACUGGUCUGACAAGAGAAUGGCACUCGAGCCCGUGAGUCAUCUUUAGGACCGUGCCGUUGACGAUGACUCCGCCACAGCUGCAGGCCCAAAGGCGAACCGUUGAGGCAGACAAUGUGAAGACAUAUUUCAGGACACUGUGAGCAUUACUAAAGAUGUCUGAUAGUGUUGAUAUUGAAGAGAAACCACCGGCCCCUCCCUUGAGAAUGAACAGUAGUUCACGAGACACUUCGUCAGUGAAUCACGCCUCUAAACCGCUUCCAAUGGCUCCUGAAGAGAAGAACAAAAAGGUCCGCCUGCGCUCCAUCUUUCCCGGGGGAGACAAAACAAACAAGAAGAAGGAGAAGGAACGUCCUGAGAUCUCCCUACCUUCAGACUUUGAACACACUAUUCACGUUGGCUUUGAUGCUGUAACAGGAGAAUUCACAGGUAUACCAGAGCAAUGGGCACGGCUCCUACAGACCUCGAACAUCACUAAGCUGGAGCAGAAGAAGAACCCACAAGCUGUGUUGGAUGUUUUAAAGUUCUACGACUCCAAAGAGACUGUCAACAACCAGAAAUACAUGAGCUUCACCUCGGGAGACAAGUCUGCCCAUGGGUAUAUAGCAGCAAACACUCUGAACCGGUUGCUGUCAUCUGGGCCUCCUGUCAGCCUUAGAACCUGCAGCGCAUUAUUUGACAAGGGUGCCAAAACAUCAUCAACGGAACCCCCAAUUGCUAACCCCGUGUCAGAAGAGGAGGAUGAGGAGGAGGAGGAAGAGGAGGAAGAUGAGGAUGAUGAUGAUGAACUGCCUCCAGUCAUUGCACCUCGGCCCGAGCACACCAAAUCUAUCUACACUCGCUCCGUCAUGGACCCACCAAAACCUCCGUCUCCUGUGAAAGAAGUGGAGACUCCACCAGAGUCUCAGGUUCAACCAGAGAACACAUCCAACACAAUGUACCGUCACACUGACCGGCAGAGGAAGAAGUCCAAAAUGACAGACGAAGAGAUUCUGGAGAGACUCAGGAGUAUUGUGAGCGUGGGAGAUCCCAAAAAGAAAUACACCCGCUUCGAGAAAAUAGGACAAGGAGCAUCUGGCACUGUGUACACUGCUAUUGACAUUGCCACUGGCCAAGAGGUGGCCAUUAAGCAAAUGAACCUGCAGCAACAGCCCAAAAAAGAGCUGAUUAUCAAUGAAAUCUUGGUGAUGAGGGAAAACAAAAACUCCAAUAUCGUCAACUACCUGGACAGUUACCUGGUAGGUGAUGAACUGUGGGUGGUGAUGGAGUACUUGGCCGGUGGCUCAUUGACAGAUGUCGUCACUGAGACCUGCAUGGACGAGGGCCAGAUCGCUGCAGUUUGCAGAGAGUGUCUUCAAGCCCUGGAUUUCCUCCACUCCAACCAGGUGAUCCAUAGAGAUAUAAAAAGUGACAACAUCCUCUUGGGUAUGGACGGUUCUGUCAAGCUCACCGAUUUUGGCUUCUGUGCCCAGAUCACUCCAGAGCAGAACAAACGCAGCACGAUGGUGGGCACACCCUACUGGAUGGCACCAGAGGUGGUAACCCGAAAGGCCUACGGCCCAAAAGUAGAUAUCUGGUCUCUAGGUAUCAUGGCAAUCGAAAUGGUGGAGGGAGAACCGCCCUAUCUGAAUGAGAAUCCACUCAGGGCCCUGUACUUGAUUGCUACCAACGGGACUCCAGAGCUGCAAAACCCAGAGAGACUGUCAUCUGUGUUUAGAGACUUCCUGAACCGCUGUCUGGAGAUGGAUGUGGAUCGCAGAGGCUCUGCAAAGGACCUACUCCAGCAUUCCUUCCUCAAAUUGGCAAAACCUCUGUCCAGCCUGACACCUCUGAUUGUAGCGGCGAAGGAAGCCAUAAAGAACAGCAGUCGCUAGCGUGCGCCUCCUCUCUGCACCCAAGACUAGAGCCCUGCCUAUGAUGUGUUCACAUGAGCAGGAUUUGGGUGUACAGGUGGUGGACGACAUGACGGCGACAGCACAUGGGGGUUUGUGUGACUUACACAGGCAGCACAAAGACAAAAAAAAUCCCCCUCUGAGCCUCACAUGCAGGAUGGACAUCGGGUGGUGCAGCCUCAUGACUCAUGGUGCCGAAAAGACUUUGCCUCCUUGUUUACUUCUCCAGCACACUGUACAUGGAGAGCAGCCCAUCACAGUGUGCGUGCCUGCAUGACUGUAUGUGUGCGCAUCUCGAUGUGUCAUGUGUCUUGUUCAGGGCCCGGUCACAACCCAAACCCAAAAAAGUCACGCAAACUGAGAGUGGAAAAACAAAACAAACAAACAAAAAACUAAAGUGUGCUAUUUUUCAAGAAUAUUUUAAGAAGAGCUGUCAAAGUGAAGAAUCUAAACUCAAGAGCCUGUGAAUUCUCAUCUAAGCUGCUUGGAGCUCAGUUUUCCUUCCUCUAGUCACUCCAGGAAGCACCAUCAGGUCACGCCUGCACCUGCAGUGGCCAGCUGAUGACUCUGCACCUUUGCCUGCAUGACUACAGCUCUGUGGAGAAACCUCACUGCUGCUCCAAAAUGUCACAACUCAACGUGUGUGUGUGUGUGUGUGUGUGUGUGUGUGUGUGUGUGUGUGUGUGUGUGUGUGUGUGUGUGUGUGUGUGUGUGUGUGUGUGUGUGUGUGUGUGUGUGUGUGUGGUUGCAACUAUAAGGGAAAAAGUCAGGGAUCAGUUCACAUGACCAAACCAGCUUUAAACAUUUCUUAACCUUCAAAUAGCUCCUCUUUAUUUUACUGCUGUCACCUUCUUUCAGUGGAGUCAACAUACAUUUCGGUUUGUCAGUUAUCCUCUUUUCAUUUGUGACAAGACUUUAAUCAGGAUGUCUGAAGAGGUUUAAUUCAUUUUCAUCUCCCUUUCUUUCAGGAAACAUUAGCAAAUAACUGGUGUUGCAUCAGGAAGGGCACCCAGCAUAAAACUUGUGCCAAAUCCAUAUCAGAUCUGCUGGGGUGACUCCAAACCUAAAGGGAGAAGACAAAAAGAAAUAACUAAAUAUGAUGUACUGUGCAAAAGCUUUAGGCACCCUAGAAUUCUGACAGUUUAGUGGUUAUUUUUAUUUUUUU